AUGGCCAGGCUCACUUCGAGAUUGACUUCCUCUGUCUUUUUGGUAGUGCGUGCCAGUAGCAUUACCCCACACCGACCGAGAAAGGGCACCUACGUCACUGUUAUGGUUGACCUUGUCUGCCCUGUCUCCAACCCUGGUGAGGUCACUCUCAACAGCGCCAACCCACUGCAACAACCGAACAUCAUCUCAAUUACUUCAACAAUGAGCCUGAUCUAA